AAUCAAUGAAGUAAAAAUGAUCAAUUAAAAGGGGAGGCUGAAUGAUCAAACAACUUGCUGAAAGUGAACAGUUGAUAAUUGCAUCUAAUGUAGUGAAGCUGAGGUGCUUAUACAGUGAGGUUUAAACUACAGACACACAGGCUCAGCAAAAGGGAAUAAGCUGUUACAGAGCACUCUGAGUUUCAACACACUCACUUCAAGAUGCUGGAGCAAGAGAAGAAAGAGUCAACAGACAAUUCUUCCAAGAUGAUCGACACGAGUCAGAGUAGUGCAAAUGUGCCAGGAAUGUUCGUGCCCAUGGAACUGAACUUCCAAGAAGAUACAGAGGAAAAGAUCCCAAUCCCUAACAGCCAGUCAACUCGGUUUAGCUUUCGGAAGCUCUGGGCCUUUACAGGACCCGGAUUUCUUAUGAGCAUUGCUUAUCUGGACCCAGGAAACAUUGAAUCUGACCUUCAGUCUGGCGCCGUGGCAGGGUUUAAGAUCCUCUGGGUCUUGCUGUUGGCCACCAUCAUUGGCCUUGGAUUACAGAGGCUCUCGGGUCGCUUAGGGGCUGUCAGUGGUAUGCAGUUGGCUGAGGUCUGCCGCAGGAAGUACUCAAAGUUCCCUCGGAUUUUGCUCUGGUUGAUGGUGGAACUGGCAAUCAUCGGUUCGGACAUGCAGGAAGUGAUUGGAUCGGCCAUCGCUCUGAACCUGCUGUCUGUCGGAAGGAUUCCCCUGUGGGGCGGAGUGAUUAUAACUAUUGCAGACACAUUUCUCUUCCUCUUCUUGGAUAAAUAUGGUCUGAGAAAACUGGAAGCUUUGUUCGGGUUCCUUAUUACAGUUAUGGCCGUCACGUUUGGCUAUGAGUAUGUGACUGUGAAGCCAGACCAGCGGCAGCUGCUAAGGGGGAUGUUUGUGCCCAGCUGCGAGGGCUGUAAAAGCCAACAGCUGCAGCAGGCAGUCGGCAUCGUUGGCGCCGUGAUCAUGCCUCACAAUAUCUACCUGUACUCUGCUCUGGUCAGGUCCAGGGACGUGAAUCGAGCCAAUAAGAAGGAAGUGAGGGAGGCGAAUCGUUACUUCUUCAUCGAAGCCUGCCUGGCUUUGUUAGUGUCUUUCCUCAUUAAUGUCUUUGUGGUCUCGGUGUUUGCAGAAGCUUUUUAUAAUCAGACCAAUGCACAGGUGCAUGAGGUGUGUGCAGCCAGCAACAGUCCACAUUCUCAACUUUUCCCAAUCGAUAACAAUACUCUGAACGUUGAUAUUUACAAAGGGGGUGCGGUGUUGGGCUGCUAUUUCGGACCUGCUGCUCUAUACAUCUGGGCCAUUGGCAUCUUGGCUGCAGGUCAGAGUUCAACCAUGUCAGGGACAUACACUGGACAGUUUGUCAUGGAGGGUUUCUUGAACCUCAAGUGGUCUCGCUUUGCUCGUGUGGUCUUCACCCGGACAAUCGCAAUCACUCCCACCUUGUUGGUUGCUGUUUUCCAGAAUGUGGACACAUUGACAGGAAUGAAUGAUUUGCUGAAUGUUCUGAUGAGUUUGCAGCUGCCGUUUGCGUUGAUCCCAGUGUUGACGUUUACCAGUAUGACCUCAAUAAUGCAUGACUUCGUCAAUGGUCUCAUUUGGAAGAUCAUCGGUGGAAUUAUCAUUCUGAUCAUCUGCUGCAUUAACGUUUAUUUUGUGAUCGAUUACGUUUCAAAUCUGGGUAUCAUGGCAGUCUACAUCGUAGCAGCUAUUGUGGCAGUUGCCUAUUUGUCUUUUCUGUCUUACUUGGUGUGGUUUUGUUUGGUUGCUAUGGGUGUCCCAUUCUUGGACUGCGGACAUGACAACGAAAACAGCACGAUGAUUGUGGAAGACCAAAGUCAGGUAUUUCAACGAAUAGGGUCAAUCCGUUUGGCAGAUGGGAGUACCUGAUGAAGAGAUCCUGUCAGAGAUUACUGAGAACUACUUGUUUUGCUGAUAUGACCUUUCUCAACUGGGACUGAGUUGGAGCAUCGUAUAUAAAUGAUUGUCAUAAAUUAGUUUGAAUACUUGAUUCAUUAGAUCAUGACUUAGAGAAGUUAUUUCUAAUUAAAGGCAAAGUCUGAUACUGCACAUUUCCUUUUGGGAACCAUCAAACCACAGGAACACGCAACUAAGGGGCCAGCGUGUCACACAUCGAGUCAUGGAGUCAUACAGCAUGAAAAUAGGUCCUUUGGCUCAACUGGUCCAUGCCGAACAAAAUGCCCCCAUCCAAGCUAGUCCCAUUUGCCAGUGUUUGGUCCAUAUCCUUCUAAACCUUUCCUAUUCAUGUACCUGCCCACCUGUCUUUUAAAAUAGUUGUGGAAAUUCCCCAUAGGAAGUGAAACCUUAAUGUUCAUUGUUGUCAAGGCACACUACUGCAGGCGUGACCCUCCUUACUAAGUCAUAGAGUCAUAGAGUACUACAGCAAAUAAACAGGGCCUUUGGCCCAUCUAAUCCAUACCAGCCUGAUCUGCCAUGUUCCAUCUAUGUGCACCCGGACCAUAUGCCUUCAAACCCCUCCCAUCCAUGUAUCUGUCCAAAUUCCUCUUAAAUGUUACAAUUAAACUCGUAUCUACCACGUCCACAUUUGCAUCAUCCUGUGAGUGAAAAUGUUUCCCUUCAGAUUUCCUGUAAAUACUUCACCUUUCACCCUAAACCUAUGACCUCUAGUUCUAGUCUCACCCAACCUGAGGGAAAAAAGUCUGCAUGCAUUCACUUUAUCUAUACCUUUCAUAAUUUUGUAUACCUCUAUAAGAUCUCCAUUCAUUCUCCUGUGCUCAGGGGAAUAAAAUCCUAACCUGGUCAACCUUUCCCUAUAACUCAGGUCCUCAAGUUCUGGCAACAUCCUUGUAAAUUUUCUCUGUACUCUUUCAAGCUCAAACUGUAGGUGGGUGACCAGAACUGCACACAAUGCUCCAAAUUCGGCCUGACCAACUUCUUGUACAACUUCAACAUAACAUCCCAAUUCCUGUUCUCUAUACUUUGAUUUAUAAAGGUCAAUGUGUGAAAAGGUCUCUUUACAACCCUAUCUACCUGUGAUGCCACUGUGAGGCCAUGACCCAGUUAGCAGAUCAAACCCACUUCUUGAUAGGCACCAGUGGGCCACCCUAUGGGAGGAUGGGUUUAAGAAACAGGGACAACUUCAACACCAAAGAACAGGUGAUUAAAAUAUUUUGCUGCUUAUUGGAAUAAGGUAGAAGGUGAUAUGUUGGGGUUUGUAGGCCUCUUGGGUCCUCUAUUCAUGGUGGAUAAUCACACUACUCAGCUUCAAAGUGUGCUCAAGAUGUGUUUGAAGCACAAUACACACGCGAUCUGCUCCUUAUAGACCCUGCACACUCCGCUAUGGGGUAGCAGUGGUUAGCAAUGGGGAUUCCUUCAUAAACUGCAUAGUUUCCCAAUGUAAUUUUGAAUAACCUUAUAUUUCCGCCCCUUUAAGAAAAUCCUAAACUGGUCUGAAGUCCUCAACGACUUAAGUAAAUAUUGCCUCACUUUUUUGGGAAAAGAAAUUGGAGUCUGUAGAGGUGAGGAUACAGAGGGAAAGUAAGAAAUGGGCCAUAUAGUAGAAUGUGAAGGAUAGAUUGUGGAAGAGAGAGGGAGAAGGGCAGAAGACAGAUUUGGGAAGCAGACAGAGACUGAAGGGCAGAGACAGGGUAAAGGAUGGCACAGUAGAGGAGGGAAGAGGCAGAAGGUAGAGGUAGGGGGAUAGGUAGAGGGAAAAUCACAUUCCUAACAGUGACCUCGAUGAGCUCCAUAGGCACUGCUAACAUCCACCCUAUUCACACCAACCAUCUCUGUGUCCUGUCUGUGAGACUUCCAACCACAGUUAAAUUUUGGAUUUGUAUAUAAAUUAAAUUAUGGUCACAUAGUUUAACUUAAGUUAACACUAAGUCAUUUCAGUUCUUCACCGAUUGGGCUGUCUGUAUCUAACAGUGGAAACUGCAGGUACUAGGUACCAAGUGUGUAUGACAACAACAUCGGCCCACUGCCAUUACAGUACCAAGCCCCUAUCAACAACAGAAUUGUCCAACAUAGGGAGAAGCGGCCAAAGAUGCCUUCAGAUAUGGAGGUUCUCCUGAGCUGUGCAGUGCUUGGGCUUUGUCUCUUGAAACCAUCCAAUCUGUCCUAUGCGAACCAAGGAUUAUUCUGCUUAGGACUUGAAAGAAUAUCAGGGAAGAUCCCGAUACUGUUCCACUUACAUGGUUCCCAAGUUCCUCUUUAGUUACAGACUCACUUCCAGUAGUUGGUGCCAGGUUUCACUCUGUACAAUGAACAACACAUCCAAGAGAAAUGGAAGAUUGUACUAGUGAGCUUUCUCAUGGAAUAAUUUUGUUAAUAUUUGAAUUUGUAUUUUGAAAUUAUUCUCAAGGUGUACAUAUUAAAAAUUAAAUAAAUAAAUAUUCUUAACGGAAGCAAUUAUGUAUGUUU